CGCAUGUGCUUCCGGUAACUAAGCACGCCAACUUAUUUUACUGAUCAGUGUUUAUUAAUGUAAACAAAGCUGGUAAUGAGAUGAUUUAUCAAACACAGUGGGUACAAGGACGCUGAUGGGAACUGGAUGUAGCUCAGACAACAACGUCAUUAGAGCAUCAACCGCAUCGUUACAGGACAACGAAACAACGCCUUUCAAAGUUCUUAUUUUGGGGCCAAGUAAUGCGGGGAAAACCUAUUUAUUAUAUUCCUGGUUGUUGGAAGUAGAGGGCGUCCAUUCAACGAAGCCAACAGAGGAGUUUAAUGUGGAGACUCUGGAGUCCAAGUCGGGGGUCAGGUUCACCGUGUGGGAUCUAAGUGGGGCCCUCCGACAUCACAGAAAGAGAAAGUUUUAUGAAGGAACACAGGGACUUGUAUUUGUCUACAAUGCCAACACAGACUUAACACAAGCCAAAGACGACUUUCAGUUGUUGCUAGAGGAGCGAGUUGUGCAAGAUGUCCCCUUAAUGAUAGUCGCGAAUCAAAUGAAAGAACAUGAAACCCCAUCCGAGGAGGAUUUGCUUGGUAAUCUUGGUGUUAAAAAAGAUAUGUUAAAUAGACGUUGGUGUUUAUCACGGGUUCGACUGAAAUCGCAACAGGAUGUCCAUGAAGCAAUCUGUGAUCUCCAGAGACUUGUCAAGAAGUGAUUUAUGUAAAUAUCUAGCAGGUUUCUACAUUGACUGUGAAGCCAACAAACUGGCUACCUUGUCACUUAAACUACAUCUCCAACAUCAUUUAUCAUCAAUCCUGGCUUCUUACUGUUACUGUUGUCAUAAAUAUUCCUUCGCAAUCUGUUGAAAGCUCUGAUUUUUGGCCAUCCGUGUCAGCGAUAGAAUGGCCUGCACUGCACAGUUACAUCCCCUCGUUGUGUCAGAAUCAGCUGAUCAUUGGUUUGAAUCUCAGAUUAACCCUGGUCAUGAUCCUUGGUCACCACCAUACCAUUCCUCAUUCCUCUCCUUGGAAAGCACUGGACCAGUGAACUCUCAUGCUUGAUAACACCUGAAUUGUUUCAAGAGGUUUGAAUCGAUUUUCAAUAUAGCCAGCACAGCAGAAAUAUUGUAAAACCUAUCUAUGGCCACUGCUCAGUCAUUUCUGUUUAAAUGCAUUUUUGGCUCUGCAAACAUCUCCUUUGAAAUAGCUGAAAAAGCUGUAUUUUUCUCCUUGUUUUGACAUUGUAACUUGUUGAAAUAUUUAGGGUUUUAGUGUGGUUCUUGUGAAACAUGGGAAAACAUUGUUUGGCCUCAGAAAAAUACUCUCCUAAGAAGGUAUAUAAAGUUCAGAAUUGAAGGUCUGUGUAAAGUAAAUUUAAAUGUUAUGUAUUGCAACAUUAUUCUUCAAUAGUACUUUCAUCCGUGAAGGUUUAGAAAGUGAGUGAGUGAGUUGGGUUUAACGCCGCUUUUAACAGUAUUCCACUUAUAUCGCGGCGUGUCAGCUUAAUGUGGGAGGAAAGCCUGAAGUGAUGCCGGACAUUUACCAC